GGAAAGGGGCGGCAAUGUAUUGGUCCUGCAGUCCCCACUGAGGGUUUAUUGAUACACACACACACAUACACACAGCAGUAGUGCGCCUGACGGAGGCUAACAGUAGCUGGCUCUAAUUUACACCAAGAGCUCCAGUUUAAAAGUGGCAGAGCUUUGCAGUGAAUGAUGUCUCUGCCAUGAAAGAGUCUGGAGGACAGCUGGGGCUUCGUUCGGUGCUGUCCGGACCACUUCCAGUCACCUGGAGGAGCAGGAAGGAAACCUGAAGGAGGCUGACAUCUGUGACUCUGGCCUGGCUGGUGUUGAACCUGGAGGUGUGGACGACAUGGCAGGUCCACAGCAGACUGAGCUGUCAUUCGCGUGGGAAAAGUACAUGGACUGUAGACUGCAAGGAGCGGAUCUGCAGGUCAGCCUCCAGAGUCUAGAGAAUUUCCUCUGUCUCUUCCACUACGUGCAGCAUCACCCCAACCACAGCACCAAAGAUGCCCUGAAGUUCUGCUCAGAUAUGAGUGGGGCAAGUAACACUCUGGCGAGGGAGUUCCUGACUGAUGUACAUCAACUAUGCAGUGCGGUGGCUCAGAGAGCAGAGGCACGGGAGGAAGACGAGGAGGAGAGUCACAUGGUGGCACUGGGGGAGUACCUGGUCAGGGGACGUGGCUUCCUGCUGCUCAACACCCUUGACUCAAUUAUUGACCAGGAGCUGACCUGUCGAGAGGAGCUGCUCACUUUGCUGCUGUCUCUUCUGCCGCUGGUCUGGAAGAUCCCUGUUCAGGAGGAAAAAGCCCCAGAUUUCACGCUGCCGUCCCUACUGGAGGUAUUCCUCGGCCGGGAGGUGAAGGCCGUCCCUCUCAAGGCAGGACAGAAGGCUGCGACAGAUGAGCAGAGCUCUGGGAAGAGGUCCCGCGUUGGCAGCGGAACCUGGAAGUCAAGGAGGUCGCACAGAGCAGCACAGAGAUACUCUGUAAAGGAUGCUCGCAAGUCCCAGGUUUCUACCUCAGAUUCAGAAGCCAACUCUGAAGACAAAGCAGGCGCAGGUGGUGCGAGGAGUCGAAGAUCACACAGUUCCACGAUCAGGUUAAGCUCUCAGCAUCAUCGUUCGGAGGCCUCGCAGUUCGUAUCCACUACCAGCACCACCAAAGAAAUCAUGAGUGCACCAUACCCCCAUCCCCGCCCGCCUGGAUCCCAGACAGUGGAUACUGAAACCCUGACAGACCCAGCUGCAAUAUCAAUAUUUAACCGCAUGGAAAACUCACCGUUUGAUCUCUGUCAUGUGCUGCUUUCCUUGUUGGAGAAGGUGUGUAAGUUUGACAUGAACAUCAACCACAACCCUGGCCUGGCGGUCAGUGUUGUUCCGACUCUCACUGAGAUCCUUUCUGAGUUUGGCGACUGUUGUGGUCCAGGAGGUGGCAGUGGAACCGGGGCAGAGGAGCUUGCUGGAGGCUGGACCGAAGAGCCCAUUGCCUUGGUCCAGAGGAUGCUACUGCGCACCAUCUUGCACCUGAUGUCAGUUGAUGUGAGUCAGUGUGAAACCCUUCCAGACAGCCUGAGACGCAGCCUGACAGACCUGCUACGAGCCACCCUAAAAAUCCAAAGCUGCUUGGACAGACAGACCAACCCCUUUGCACCUAGGCCCAAGAAAACCUUGCAGGAGGUCCAGGAUGAGUUUUCAUUCUCCCGCUAUCGUCACAGGGCUUUACUGCUGCCAGAGCUUCUAGAGGGAGUACUGCAAGUGCUGCUGGGUUGCCUGCAGGCUUCCACACCCAAUCCCUUCUUCUUUAGCCAGGCACUGGAGCUUAUCCAUGAAUUUGUCCAGCGCCGGGGACUAGAGCUGUUUGAGUCCACCGUGUUGCGGCUGGAGGGGCUCGGCAGGGCGAGGGAUUCUGAAGUAGGAGGUGAGGCUUCUGAGAGGCUAAGAGGUCUGAUUGCAGGGGUCUUCAAGAUCAUAAGUGCCAUCAAGAAGGCAAAGUCAGAGCAGCUGCAUCAGUCUGUGUGUGCCCGACGCCGUCAUCGUCGCUGUGAAUAUUCACAGUUCCUACACCACCACAGAGACCUGUCAGGUUUGCCCGUCUCUGCUUUCAAGCAGGCAGCUAGACGCAACCCCUUUGAAGAGGACAUAGAUGGCAAGGAAGAGAUGGAGGAGGACACAGUGCGCUACCCUGAGCGGUGCUGCUGCUUGGCUGCCUGUGCUCACCAAUGUUUGCGGCUCUUGCAGCGACUCUCCCCUAGUGGACCAGCUGUACUUCAGGUGCUUGCUGGGGUGCAGGCUGUUGGAAUAUGCUGCUGUAUGGACCCCCGCUCAGUUGUAGGACCUCUGCUGCAUGCCUUCCAAGCUCAGGGCCUGCGUAGUUACCAGUCUCAUGUUCUCAGUGUGCUGGGUAGACUGAUCCUAGACCAGCUUGGAGGGGUACAACCCUCAGAGAAAGCCAAACUGGCGUCCUGUAACAUCUGCACUCUGGACAGCAGUCAGCUGCCAGGCCUGGAGGAAACGCUGCAGCAUGGGGAACCUUCAGCAGUUUCCACCAGUCUGUGCUACCGCUCCCAAGGUAUUCUGCCAAGUGGAGGGGGGGCAGAGGACAUGUUGUGGAAGUGGGACGCCCUCGAGGCCUAUCAGGAGCUAGUGUUUGGUGAGGACUGGCAGUUGAGUCAGCAGAUAGCUGGCCAUGUUUGCCACCUGACCUUGCGGGGCAAUGCUAUUGUGCAGUGGCAGCUCUACACACACAUCUUCAACCCUGUGCUUCAGAGAGGAGUGGAGCUAGCUCACCAUGCCCAACAGCUGGGAGUUUCCACUGUGUGUACUCAGGUCUGCAGCUAUCAUGCACAGUGUCUGCCUGUGGAGGUGUUGCUCAUAUACCUGCAAACGUUACCUGCCCUCCUUAAAUCAAGGGUAAUUAGAGACCUUUUCAUCAGUUGUAACGGGCUUAAUCAGGUGACAGAGCUCGUCUACCUUGACCAGACGCGCUCUUUGGCUUUGAAGGUGUUUGAGAUUCUGAUCAUUGGAAUCGGACACCAGCCGGCUUACGGGGUGGUUCAGGAGCUGGAGGGUGCUGAUACCGAUGAAACAGAGGCUGUCUUGAGCCUUGCUGAGGAACUGGGGUCCCGAGGGGCUGGAGAGGGCCCGCAGAGCCUAAGCAAGUUCUACGAAGGCUUAAAGGAGGCAAAUCCACGUCACAAAAGUCGGAGCGGGCCAGGUCGUGGAUCAGGGCGCAGCCGAGCAGAGACGCACCUCCACGUUAUCAACCUUUUCCUGUGUGUGGCCUUCCUCUGUGUCAGCAAAGAGGCUGAUUCUGACCGGGACUCGGCUAAUGACUCUGAGGACACCUCAGGUUAUGAUAGUACAGCCAGCGAACCUCUUGGCGGGAGGCUGCCUUACCUGUCCCCAGAUAGUGUAGCUUUGCCCUCCAAAGAGCAGGUGCGACGUGCAGCAGAUGUCUGGUCAGUGUGUCGCUGGAUCUACCUAGCCAGUCCCUUGUUCCAGAGGCAGUUCUUCAGGCUAGGUGGACUGGAUGUCUGCCUGCGGCUUAUGGCCAUGGUUAUCCAAAAACUUUCCUGUAAGACCAAGGAUGGGAAAGCGAAGAAGAAGAGGGAUGGCAAGGGCAAAGGCAGCCCUGAGUCCACUGUGCCGGACAAACUGGAGGAGACUACAUACGAUUCAGCCGACUCCCUCUGCCCUGGUCAGGGUGAGGGAAAGACCAAAGAUCCUGCAAAGAAAUUUGAGGAGGAGUGGCAGCUUCAAAGUAUUCGUCUGCUUGAGGCUCUGCUGGCUAUCUGUCUGCACAGCUCUAACUCAGCCCUGCAGAGGAUAGAGCCGGAACUUUCUUAUCAGCUCCAGUCAGUGGAAGAAACCCUGUUUGAGGUGAGGGACCAGCUCUCUCGCUCAGGGGUGGUGAACUCUGACCUUGCUGUACCUCUGUUUGACUGUCUCCUGAGAGUGGCUUUGGCUGAGGUGUCAUCCUGUCCUGAUCCCCCUGAGGAAAGGCCAGACAGGGUGAGUCCUGCCUCGGGAAAACCUCACACUUACCAAAAGAAGGGUGGUGGUAGUAAUUUACUCUGGAAAUUUAAGAUACCCCCCAAAUUCGACCAGGAGCUUCCAGUCCUUAAUGGUCUGGUGCUGCAGUGUGGCUGCAGUUUCUCCCCUGGCUUGAUAAAGAAGCUCCAGGUGUUGCCGGAGGGGGCGGCUCCAGCAGACGAUCUCUCCGAGGAGGUGGACGAGGUGCAGAGCUGCGGCGUCAAGCCCCCGGGGGAGGAGGAGGGCUACGACGCCGACAGCGAAAGCAACCCUGAGGACAUGGCCAAGCAAGAAGAGGGAGUCAAGGUGGAGCCCAGCGGGCUGCGGGAGUUUGCAGCGGUGGUGGACGGGCCCGGGCGUGGUGUGCUGCUCUUCCCUGAGAUCUGUAUAAUGGAGCUGCAGCUUCUCGCCACUGGGUCCCCCGACUUGGAGGUUCUGAGUCAUGUGUUUCACAGUUUACUGGAUGCAGUACACGCCGACCACCGCAAUGCUGCCUUACUCUAUGAUCAGGGAGGAGUCAAAACCAUUCUCUCUGGCUUUCACAACAUCCUCAGCCAAACAGAUCCCUCCCUCACAGAUUGCCAGACUGUGCUAGUGGAGCUCCUGGUUGCCAUGGUGAGCCAGCGAAUCACAGCGGAGGAACUGGCCCUAUUGAUUCGCCUCUUCCUGGAGAAGACCCCACCUACUGAGAUUUUACUGAAGGGCAUCCUGCAAGUUGUUGAAGCCAAUGUGAAUAUGGAACCUCUCCACUUCCUGACCUUUCCAAUAAUCCUUGGGGCUUCGACACAAGGAGGGGUGUCCCCCAGCUCCAGACAAAACGGUGCUGCUGGUGGCAAAAGUGUUGGUUUGCUCUGGAAGGGGAAACUCUCUCCUGGACGCAGAGAGGGGGAUGUCGAAUACGGACUGAGCCAUGUCCGUUCCUCUCCCUGGCACAUAGCUCCUCUCCACUUGCCCUUAGUAGGGCAGAACUGCUGGCCCCACAUGGCCAGUGGUUUCAGCGCCUCUAUGUGGCUGUGGGUAGCAGAGCAAGAGGAGAAGGACAUGGACAAAGACAAGGAAGAGAGUAACCCUCCUGCAGCUGAGUCGCUCCUGAGCUGCUCUCAGGCUGGGACAAGAUUAGUAGAAGAAGGCCUCAUUCAUAUUCUGUCCAUGGGCUCUAAGGCACUGAUGCUUCAAGUGUGGGCGGACUUCUCCACAGGCUCUCUCACAUUCAGAAUUUGUAUAGACCCAAAUGAUGAGAUAAAAGCAGGGCUACUGGCGCAGGCAGAAUCUGCUGAGGGGCUACUCAGGCCAGGCCAGUGGCAGCACCUCGGUCUCACGUACACCCAGCAGCCCGAGGGCAAGAAGAACAUCCAUGGCCGAGUGGUUGUUUGGGUGUGUGGCAUCAGGAAUUGUGAGGUUUCUUUGGACUACACGCUACCUAGAAAGUCAAGUUUAUCGUCUGACAGCAACAAAACCUUCUGCAUGUUGGGCCACUGUUCGCCGUUCUGUGAGGAGCUGUUGAAGCAGGGUGGACGCUGGAGAAUGGGCACUGUGCUUCUCUUCAAUGGGUCUAGAAUUGGAUCUGAGGAAGCCUUCUACCUGUACACGCGUGGGCCCGACCUUACCUCGAUCAUGCCCUGCAAAUACGGCAAGCCCAGUGGGUCAUUCUCCAAGUUUGUCACUAAGGAAGGGCUAAAGUGUGACCAUGUACGAGAGAUCCUAAUGAAGAACAAGGAUGUGGACACAACAGCUUUGGUGGAGAGCUUGGCAGUGGUGUAUGCCCCCGGCAGCCCCAGUGUCUACACCAUCUACGAGCCUGUAAUCAGACUGAAGGGUCAGGCCAAGACAGUAGUCACCCAGCGACCCUUCAGCUCCAAAGAGGUGCAUAGUGUUUCCCUGGAGCCCAACACUCUCAGGGCUCUGCUCCCCACCGAAACUAAAGGCCUGCAGAGCGUCCUGCAUUGGAUCGGAGGAACGGGAAAUUUCGUCUUCCUCUUUGCACAGACUGUGGAGCUGUGUGACUGUGAGAAGACCCAGGCUCUGGCCCUGCAGGUGCUGCUGUCUCUGUCCAAGUUCAACCAACACCGUAUCCACGAAAUGGACUGUUACCAUGGUUACUCUAUGAUCCACCAGGUCCUCAUAAAGUCCAAAUGCAUCGUGGGAUAUCAUAUGCUGAAAACGCUGCUGGAUGGGUGUUGCAGUGGACCCAUUCUCAUCCUGGGGGAUGAUGGGCAGUUUCGUUUAGACACCGAGUCCAUCGCUGUGGUGCAGGACAUCCAGCUUCUCUCAGACGUCCUGUUGGACUGGAAGAUCUGGGCCAAGGCCGAGUGUGGAGUGUGGGAGACACUGCUCGCUGCCUUAGAGAUCCUCAUCAGGGUGCACCACCCUGAUCAGGUUUUCAACAUCCGUCAGUUUCUGAAGGCUGAAGUUGUGCAUCGCUUCCUGCUCACCUGCCAGGUGCUACAGGAGCACCGGGACGAGUAUCUGACUGCCAUCCCACAGGAAGUCUGUUUGUCAUUCGUCAAAAUCAUCCAGGAAGUGCUCGGGUCACCUCCAGAUAUGGAUCUGCUCAAACUGAUCUACAACUUCCUGCUGGCUGUUCACCCACCAACCAACACUUACGUUUGCCACACUCCAUCCAGCUUCUACUUCUCACUGCACAUGGAUGGGAAGCUGUACCAGGAGAAGGUGCAGUCCAUUAUGUACCUGAGACGCUCCAACAGCGGAGGGAAGUCUGCCAGCAGCUCUGUAAUGUCCCUCUCCCCGACCGUCUUCACUGACGCUCAUGGCGAAGGCCCUUCCCCUGAACAUGGAAGUGAUGAUCUGUCGCUACGCCCACCCAGUCUGGCGCCAUCUCCAUACUCCUCCCCGCUGCUGACACCUCGACUCGGACACACUAGCUCAAAUGAGGCCAGCGAAGGUGACCAGGUCUCUCUUGCCACUCAGCAGGCUCGGGGCAGCACAGAAACGCUCAAGAAGGGCGGAGGUUGUGACGAGCAGCUCUUGAGCAGCUGUGAAUCAGCCAAGACAAUCUGCGACUCUAAGGACAUGGGUGAGGGGGGAGCCCUGCGCACGCCCUCCAUUAGCGUGGAGGAGGAGCGGGACGAGGCGGCAGAUGUGGACAGCCUGGCAGAGGGAAGCGUGGGGGUGGCAGAGUCUGAGGACAGGUUUGACUGGGCCAGUGACGAGACACCGCGGCGUCCUGACAGUCUGAAAGGGAUUCAGUCCUUCCAGAGGAGCCACAGCAACCUGGCUAGUCUGGGCCUGGCCUUUCCAGCUCCUAACGGGUCAUUGGCUAUUGGCCGAUGGCCCAGUGCGGCCGACCGAGGCUCCAUGCCUGAAGACUGGGAGAGUUACACUUACUCUCCUGGCUAUGAGAGGGCCCAGAGCAAGACCGAGUCCAAUGACAGGUCCAGUACUGAGGACUGCCUGGUGCUGAUCUGCUGCGGACUCUAUGAUCUUCUGAGGGGCGUCUUGCUGCUGUUGCCUGAUCUCAUGCUCGAGGAGGUGAUGGACAAACUCAUCCAGCCAGAGGCUCUCAUCGUUCUGGUCAACCACUCGUCACCGCUCAUACAGCAAGGAGUCAUGAAGCUCUUGGAUGCCUACUUCAGCCGUGCUCUUAAGGAGCAGAAGGAGAAAUUUCUGAAGAACCAUGGUUUCUCACUGCUAGCCAACCAGCUGUACAUCCACCAGGGCAGCCAGGGGCUUCUUGAAUGCUUCCUAGAGAUGCUAUUUGGACGGCCUGUGGGCCUGGAGGAAGAUUUGGACCUGGAGGAAAUGGAAAAUAUCUCUCCCUUCAGAAAACGCUGUAUAAUCCCCGUCUUGGGCCUCAUUGAGAACUCUUUGUAUGAGAAUUCCCUGGUGCACAACAUCUUGUGUAUGCUGCUGCAGCUUCUCAACGCCUGCCCUAAGCUGGCUGACAUCCUGCUCGACCAUGGACUGCUCUACGUGCUCUUUAACACUCUCUCCACCCUCAAUGGCAUGGAGAAUAGUAUUCCCCUGAAUGACUACAAGCUCUUGGUGUGUGACAUCCAGCAGCUGUUAGUGGCUGUGACGAUCCACUCCUGCAGCUCCUCAGGGUCCCAGUACUUCCGCAUCAUCGAAGACCUUAUUACCUUGUUGGGUUUCAUGCAAACCAGCAAGAUGCGUCGCACGCAGGAGAUGGCCGUAGCGUUGCAGUUCCGCGUCCUUCAGUCUGCUAUCGAGUUUAUUAAGACGACAGCCAAUCAGGAACCUCAGAAGCUGAGCAGCUCAGUUAAUUCAUUGAGCUCUCCACAUCAUGCCAUCCAUCAGAAGCGCAAGAGCAUUGCAGGUUCCAUUGCCAUGAAAGACUCCAUUAUCCCCCGCAUCCCCAGACAGCACUACUGCUCCUAUGGCCAGAUUCCCAUGUCCCCUCCCUUCAACUUCCUGUCCCAGGACUCCCCCCUCAACUCACCCUCAGGAGCUCCAUCCUACAUGCUCCACUGUGAAGCAGGCCGUCGUCGGUUUUCUCUGGCGCAGACUGACUCCCUCCUGAUGCGGAUGCGCUCAGUAGCCAGCGAUGAGCUCAACCAGAUGAUGCAGAGGCGAAUGAGCCAGGAAAACCCUAUUCGUGCUAGCGAGACAGAGUUCGUCCAACGGCUGCAGAGGCUUGUUGUUCUUGCCGUGAACAGACUCAUUUACCAUGAUGUGAGUCAGGACUUGUUUGACCUGCUGAAUAUCCCAGACUCCCCAGACCAACAGCUUUUCACACCAGAUCCAGGUGAUCAACUACAUGAAGAGAGUGGCUCCGCCUCCAUCCCGCACUCUCCGACUCCCUUCAUCCUGCCGCCGGCCAGCAAGAAGAGCUUUCAGAAAGACAUCCUCAAACUCAUGAUGGAUGGGAUCAAAAUCAGCCUGGGCAGCACGGGUCGGGGAGGAGCCCCACAUCAGCAGUGGCGAAGGAUCCUUUGGUCGUGUCGGGACACCUUUCGGGUCCAAAUUGGUCGCCUGCUGGUGCACACACUCAGUCCCACACUUCCCCUGUGUGACAGGAAGGAGACGCUGGAGUUUGUGUUUGAUCCCAGACAUUUGGAUAUCCUCAAGGAGAGUCUCAGCCCAGGUCUAGAGCACGGACCGAAGUUAUCACUGUACCUGUAUGAGAUGCUGCACGAUCACAAGGACAGCCUCACCAAAGAUGAGCAGAAUGCCGUGGGUGUGUUCAUGACCUCGCUCAAGCUUUGUGGCCAUCGUUGCAUCCCACCCAAUGCUCCACAUAAACAAGACCUGCUCAGGGCCAUAAAAGAAGAAAAAAUCAAGUAUGAAACCGAAGAGAAAACAAGCAAAGUGGCGUGGGAAAAGAAGAUGGCUAACACUCAGAGGAAUCUUAUCCAGAGGCUUGAUGGAAAGUCCAAGGACAUUUCCAAGAUUGCAGCUGAUAUCACUCAGAAUGUGUCUCUGCGGCAAGGCAUGGAGAGGAAGAAAGUCAUCCAGCACAUCAGGGGACUCUACAAGACGGACCUCAGCGCCAGCCGCCACUGGCAGGAGCUGGUGCAACAACUCACUCAUGACCGAGCCGUGUGGUACGACCAGACAUCCUACCCAACAUCCUGGCAGUUGGAUCCCACCGAGGGGCCGAACCGGGAGCGACGACGGCUACAGCGAUGCUAUCUUACCAUCCCCAACAAAUAUCUGCUCAAAGACAGACGCAAACUUGAAGACACUAUGACACCACCGCUGUCCUUCCUGUUUGAGGAUAAGACUCACUCCUCCUUCUCCUCCACUGUCAAAGACAAAGCCACCAGCGAGCCCAUCAGGUUCACCAGACGGUGCAUCAGCGUCGCCCCCUCCAGAGAGACAGCAGGGGAGCUGCUUCUGGGAAAGUCUGGGAUGUACUUUGUGGAGGACAAUGCUGCUGAUGCUCAUGACAACCAGAGUCUUCACGGGGAGACGGAGGCACCUUCUUUUUCCUGGACUUAUGAGGAGAUCAAAGAGGUGCACAAGCGCUGGUGGCAGCUGAGAGACAACGCUGUGGAGAUAUUCCUCACUAAUGGCAGGACCCUGCUGAUAGCCUUCGACACCACCAAGUUCCGUGACGACGUCUACCACAACAUCCUGACCUCUGAUCUGCCCAACCUGCUGGAGCACGGAAACAUCACGGCCCUCACGCAGCUGUGGGGCUCUGGUCAGAUCUCUAACUUCGAGUACCUCACACAUCUGAACAAGCACGCAGGGCGCUCCUUCAAUGACCUCAUGCAGUACCCUGUGUUCCCCUUUAUCCUGCGAGAUUACACCAGUGAGACACUCGACCUGCAGGACCCGAGCAUCUACAGGAAUUUGAACAAACCCAUUGCAGUCCAGUCAAAAGAAAAAGAGGAUCGUUACGUGGACAACUACCGGUACCUGGAGGAGGAGUACAAGAAGGGUGUGCGUGAGGAUGACCCCAUGCCUCCUGUUCAGCCGUACCACUACGGCUCUCACUACUCCAACAGCGGCACUGUUCUGCACUUCCUGGUCCGAAUGCCACCGUUUACCAAGAUGUUCCUCGCGUACCAGGACCAGAGCUUUGAUAUCCCGGACCGAACGUUCCACUCCAUGAACACCACGUGGAGGCUGUCUUCCUUCGAGUCCAUGACUGACGUGAAAGAGCUCAUCCCAGAGUUUUUCUACCUCCCAGAAUUCCUGGUCAACAGAGAGGGUUUUGAUUUUGGGGUACGUCAGAACGGCGAGAGGGUGAAUCACGUGAAUUUGCCGCCCUGGGCUCGCAACGAUCCGCGUCUGUUCAUCCUGAUCCACCGACAGGCGCUGGAGUCCGAGCAGGUCUCCCAGACGCUGUGCCAGUGGAUCGACCUGGUGUUCGGGCUCAAGCAGAAAGGCAAAGCUUCAGUCCAGGCCAUCAAUGUCUUCCACCCUGCUACGUAUUUUGGCAUGGACGUGUCAUCGGUAGAAGACCCAGUGCAGCGCCGGGCCCUGGAGACAAUGAUCAAGACGUAUGGACAGACACCCAGGCAGCUCUUCAGCGCCUCUCAUAUGAGCAGGGCCACCACCAAACUCAUGAUGGAGGGGGAGCUGCCAGCCGCCAUGGGACUCCUGGUUCAGCUGGCCUUCAGAGAAACCAGAGAACAGGCCAAGGAAAUAACUUGCCCGAGCCCACUGCCGUGGAUCAAAGGUCUGAAGUGGGGUGAGUACGUGGGCUCGCCCUCAGCUCCAGACCCAGUGGUGUGCUUCAGUCAGCCGCACGGGGAGAGGUUCGGAUCCCUGCUGGCGCUGCCGACGCGAGCCAUCUGCGGGCUCUCUUGCAAGUUCUGCCUCAUGAUGAUUUACAGCAAGGAGCAAGGUGUUCGGAGCAUGCACAGCACAGACAUCCAGUGGUCAGCCAUUUUGAGUUGGGGCUACGCAGACAACAUAUUGAGGCUGAAGAGCAAACAGAGUGAACCACCUAUCAACUUUAUACAGUGUUCACAACUUCACCAGGUGACCAGCUGUGCCUGGGUGCCCGAUGGCUGCCAGCUAUUUACAGGUAGCAAGUGUGGAGUCAUCACCGCCUACAGCAACCGCUUCACCAGCACCACGCCAUCAGAGAUGGAGGUGGAAUCUCAGGUUCACCUGUACGGACACACAGGGGAGGUCACCAGCCUGUUUGUCUGCAAACCGUACAGCAUCCUCAUCAGUGUCAGCGAAGACGGCACCUGCAUCCUUUGGGACCUCAACAGACUUUGCUAUGUACAAAGCCUCACAGGCCACAAAAGCCCGGUGACUGCCGUGUCCGCCAGCGAGACCACAGGUGACAUCGCAACAGUUUGUGACUCAGUUGGCGGAGGCAGCGACCUGCGUCUGUGGACGGUGAAUGGCGACCUGAUUGGUCACGUCCACUGCAGAGAGAUCAUCUGCUCCGUGGCCUUCUCCAAUCAGCCGGAGGGUGUGUCUGUGAACGUCAUCGCCGGCGGGCUGGAGAAUGGUGUCGUCAGGUUGUGGAGCACCUGGGAUUUAAAACCAGUGAGAGAGAUCACCUUUCCCAAAUCAAGCAAACCCAUCAUCAGCCUGACGUACUCAUGUGACGGACACCACCUCUACACAGCCAACAACGAGGGGACGGUGAUGGCGUGGUGUCGACGGGACCAGCAGCGCAUGAAGCUGCCCAUGUUCUACUCCUUCCUGAGCAGCUACGCUGCAGGCUGACAUUGUGUCUGAUGUUUAUCCCUGUCCAGUUCACAGCAAGAGAGGCACCCUCCUCCUCCUCCUUCUCCUUCUCUUCCUUCUCCUCCUUUUCCUCCUCCUCGGGGGAGGACUUGUCAGCAUGGCAUCAAGCUCCCUGAUUCCUCCUUGACUUUGAACUAAAGCCAUCCCCAGCUGAGCAAACUCUUCUCCCAGCAUCAAGAAAUUAUUAUAUAAAAUAGUAUUAUAUGUAUAUAAAUAUAUAUUUAUAAACAUACUGAAGUUGAAUGUUUUGGGGGGUUGAUGAACAUUGGUCUGAGGCUGCAACAGACACAUGAAAUGCAUUUCUGAGCGUAUGUUUGGUUUGUUGAGUCUUCUCAUUCUUUUGUUUCUGACUGUUGAGAUUUUGUUGUGCAAGGUUCCUUGUGUGAUGUUGAUUUCUUGGUAAGCUGCUAUCGUCUGGCCAAAGCCAGACCCAAAGUGUGAAGACCCCCGGUCUCUCAUUUCUUCGCCGCUCCGAUCUCCCACAGCGCGUCGUCUGACAGUUUCCCGGAGACGCUGCAGCAGUCUGGAGGGAGGCAGGGAGCCCAUCCUCGCGUCCGUCACCGGGACACGACCCGCUCUGUGGGAGUGAGACGCCACUCGGAUGGGCUGUCCGCUCCACUCAAGUCUGAGCUGUAGUGUCACGGCCCCACAUCGCUGUGUAUCUGAGCUCCUAGGGGGGAUGUGGGGGGAUGAAUUGCACCUUGUGUUGGAUGUACUGUCUUUCUUCUGCAUGCUGGGAUGAGGCUGACCUUGACUGCUUGACAUUUGCUGUCAUGAUACUUUGUUAUUAAUGCCUGUCUCAGCUGAACUGUCCUUUUGCAUUGACAAGUAUUGAUACUCAUUUAUUUUGUAAGAAUCACCAUGGAGGCUCAUCUUUACUUCUGUGCUUGCCUCGUGUUUUACUGUCUGCUGCUCAAAUGCACUAAAACCUUUCACUACUUCAUUGAGCUCGCGGAGAUUCUGAGAGAACGAUUAACAAACAUUAGCAGAGAGGAACGUCCUGAACUCACUGAUGCUUGCUACCUGUGCAGCAUGAAGAAAGUUUGUAGCAGAUGGGAGGCUGGCGCUAGCUUCUGACACUGAUGAGGUUUACAGCUUAUUUCAGACUCUUAUACACUACAUUGAUCAGUGUGAGAACCAAUCGACCAAACAUUUCUUUGGAUCCAUGCAGCUAUUCUUUACAUUCCCACUCAACUUCCCGCACUUUCAGUUUGUCAGUCAUUAUUGUCAGAUGGUAGUCGCAGCACUUCUUUUUUCUUUUUUUUUAAACUACCAUCUAAUUUAAGGAGAGCAAAUGACCUGUGGUCUUAAUAUGAACUGAGCUUGUUUUAUAUUCCACUAAUAAAUCCAGGAAGCAAUAUCAGACAUAAACAUGCAAUAGGUCAUUUUUGUUAAUGAAGUUUCAAAGGAGGAAAAGCCAGAGGUUUGUUCCGCGGCUGUUAAACGACUUGUUUUGCCUUUGUGGUGACUGCAGUGAGCCUUCUGUUGUGAACUCACGUCUUACUUUUCACUCGUGUGUUGGAGAAAGGGAAUAUUUCUUAAUCAGAUGCCUGACGUCAUUCCUCUUGUUGUUUUGAUGUUUUUUUCCUCUGCUCACUCAACUUUUUUCUGUGUUACUGAGACAUGACGUUAACGCUUUGUUUACUUUGUUUUCAUGCUUGCACGUGUACAUUCAUUUCCUCCCUGUCAUUUUUUAAGUAUUUGUCCAUGAGAACCACAACCUUUUUUUUCUCUCUCUUUCUGUUUAACAUCCAUGUGUGAGAAUAUGAUAUGUUUGUUGGGUUUGUUUUUUGAGAAAAUGGCAAAAAGUCUGAGAGGAAAUGUUAUAAAUGUUUUUUUGUGCAUUCUGACAGAAGGAAAUAUUUUUCAGUUGAUAACUUAAGCUAUGCAUAAUUUAAGAUCGUUGUCUCAGUUUUGCUUAUAUAUUGUGCUGUUUGAUCGACCUCUUUGGGCUGGUUGUGCAAGUUGGUGAACCGAGGUUAAGAAAGAUCCUAUUUUAUGUUUUGUUUGUUUGUAAAUAUGUAUGUGUGUGUGUGAACAAACCAAGUGAUGACUAUAUUAUAAAUAUAUAAAUAUAUAUAAAUAUUUGAAGGAAUAUUACUACA